AAUUCAAAGCAAACUUCACGCCCGCGCUUCCUGCUUCUAGUUUUCUUCAUACUGCAAACGCGUCACAGAAAAAUGGAGGGAAGAGAUUCAAGCUCAAAACCCUGUGACCUGCUCAAGAAAAUCAGAGGGUUCACUAGAUCUCUUCUUUCAGAUAUUUGCAGAGGGAAAUCCCCAUUGAUUGCCCUAGAUCGCUACCGUAACUACUGCACGGAUCCUUCUGGAAAAUGCUGUUGCAGCUCUGAUUUGCACAAGGGAAAGGAGAUAAUCUCGCUUCAACGGGAAUGCCAUGUGUAUCGACUGGAUGUCUUGCUAAGGGUGCUACACAUUGUUCAACAACUGCUGCAAGAAAACAAGCAUGGAUCAAAGAGAGAUAUAUACUACAUGCAUCCAUCUAUAUUUUCAGAACAGUCAGUUGUAGAUCGGGCAAUCAAUGAUAUAUGCAUCCUUUUAAAAUGCAGUCGUCAUAACCUGAAUGUUGUCUCUGUUGGAAAAGGGUUGGUGAUGGGAUGGUUAAGAUUUAUUGAGGGAAGAAGGAAAUUUGAUUGCAUAAAGAGUCCCUGCACUGUAAGAACACAUAAUGGCAACCCAACUUAUAUAAGCAUCCAUAUGAAACUAUCCCACUGUGAUCCACAAAAAAUGUUCCCUUUGCAGGUCCAUCCUGUUCCUGUACAUGUAGAAGAAGUGACAGGCAUAAUGAGCAUUGCCGAGUAUAUCCUAGUAGUUGAAAAAGAAACAGUGUUCCAAAGGUUAGCGAAUGACAGGUUUUGUAGCACAAACCGUUGUAUCAUCAUCACGGGAAGAGGAUAUCCUGAUGUUCCCACAAGAAGGUUUUUACGUCUUCUUGUUGAAAAAUUGUGUCUGCCUGCCUACUGUUUGGUUGAUUGUGAUCCUUAUGGUUUUGACAUCUUGACAACUUACCGAUUUGGUUCUAUGCAAAUGGCAUAUGAUGCAAAAUUCAUGCGUGUAACUGAGUUGCGCUGGCUAGGAGCUUUUCCUUCAGAUUCAAAGAAAUAUUGCCUUCCAGAACAGUGUCUUCUUCCUUUGACAACAGAAGAUAAGAGGAGAGCUGAAGGGUUGUUACAGAGAUGCUACUUGCAACGAGAAGAACCAGAGUGGAGGUUGGAACUAGAGAUGAUGCUUGAAGGAGGAGUAAAAUUUGAAAUUGAAGCAUUGUCAGUAUCCUCUAUUUCCUUCUUGUCGGAGAAAUACAUACCAUCAAAAAUUCAAGGUCAAUUGUAUAUCUGAAUGUAGCAGUACUUUUUUUGCCUUUUGCCAAUAAGAAAUAAACUACAGAACCAUUGCAACAUACGAAAAACAAUCAAUUUGCAAAAUAUCAGAUUAUUGAAAUUCAAUCACAAAGUAUUUGUAUCUUUCAUUAUAUGGUAAAUGAGUUAUUUCUUCACAACACAGGAUCCCGGAAAUUGGCUUUCAGAUACUUCACCAUCCAUUACACAAUUUUGCAGUCCUAAACUCUUCAAGAAGGCGUGAAUCAACUCCCUGUCUGAGAUGAUUGUGCAAGCUCUAAAUCAGAUACGGUCAAUGUCCCA